CUCUGCUUGCGUGGCGUUACACUCGGUGACUAAAUGAAAGUGAAAGCAGAUUAAACAUGCAACGUUUACACGUCGUAAGAUUUUAAGAUUUUUUUCUACAUUUAGAAAAACUGAUCAUUAAGCUUUUUUUAUUUGCUUAUGUGGGAAGUUACAUGUACAUAAUGGGAGACCAAGGACAUUUGGAGAACUUGUCUAGUAGCCAAACAUUUUGAUCAAAACAAGUCUUCAGCUGUGGAGAACAAAGACACUUCCUUAUUCAUGUAGUCACUUCCAUCUUCAGUCAGUUGUGAAGAUCAAACUGUUCAGAUCCAUCAUGGAUGAAACAUCUGGAGAUGAAGAUUUUAUUCCAGGAUGCAGCUCAGUUCAUCAGAAGAGAUCAGAACAAGAGCCCAGCUGUGUGUCUAUGAAGAGUGACGGGUCUAUGCAUCAGCCAAUAAAGUUUAACAGUGGAGAUUCACAGUCUGGUCUCAGUCCAGUUCAACAGAAGAGAUCAGAAGCAGAGUCCAGCUGUGUGUCUAUGAAGAGUGACACAUCUGUGAUUCAGCCAUUAGAUUUUAAUAGUGGAGAUACACAGUCUGCUCUCAGCCAUGAAGUCCUCAACAUAUUUAGGUCAAAUCUGAUGAAGAAGUUUGAGUGUCUGUAUGAGGGAACAGCGGCACAGGGAAACCCAACACUGCUGAAUGAGAUCUACACAGAGCUCUACAUCACAGAGAGUGAGAGUGGAGAGAUCAAUAAUGAGCAUGAGGUGAGACAGAUUGAGACACAAUCCAGGAGAGCAGCAACAGAGGACACAGCCAUCAAAUGCAAUGACAUCUUUAGACCUUUACCUGGACAAGACAAACCCAUCAGAACUGUGCUGACAAAGGGAGUCGCUGGCAUUGGAAAAACAGUCUCUGUGCAGAAGUUCAUCCUGGACUGGGCUGAAGGGAAAGAGAAUCAGGACGUCCAGCUCAUAUUUCCACUUCCUUUCAGAGAAAUCAACUUGAUGAAGGGCAAAAAACUCAGUCUGUCAGGUCUUCUUCAUAUCUUUUUCCCUGAAACUAAAAAAAUUAAAAUAUCCAGUGAUAAAUAUAAAGUGUUGUUUAUCUUUGAUGGUCUGGAUGAGUGUCGUCUGUCUCUGGACUUUAAGAGCAAAGUGAAACUGUGUAAAAUAUCUGAAUCAGCCUCAGUGGACGUGCUGCUGAUGAACCUCAUUGUGGGGAAUCUGCUUCCCUCUGCUCUCAUCUGGAUCACCUCCAGACCAGCAGCAGCUGAUCUCAUUCCCUCUGAGUGUGUCCAUCGAGUGACAGAGGUACGAGGCUUCAAUGAGCCACAGAAGGAGGAAUACUUCAGGAAGAGAAUCAGUGAUCAGAGUCUGGCCAACAGGAUCAUCUCACACCUGAAGUCAUCAAGGAGCCUCUACAUCAUGUGUCACAUCCCAGUGUUCUGCUGGAUCUCAGCCACUGUUCUAGAGAAGAUGUUGAGUCAAGCAGAGAGUGGAGAGAUUCCCAAGACUCUCACUCAAAUGUACACACACUUCCUGAUCCUUCAGACCAACAUCAAACAUGAGAAGGACUAUGAGAAGAAAGUGAAGGAUGAAGACAUGAUCCUCAAACUGGGGAAACUGGCUUUUCAGCAGCUUGUGAAAGGCAACCUGAUCUUCUAUGAUGAAGAUCUGAGAGAGUGUGGCAUUGAUGUGACAGAAGCAUCAGUGUACUCAGGAUUGUGCACUCAGAUCUUCAGAGAGGAGUUGGGCUUGUAUCAGGGGAAAGUCUUCUGCUUUGUUCAUCUGAGCCUUCAGGAACAUCUAGCAGCUCUAUAUGUGCACCUCUCCUUUACAAUCAACAACAUCAAUAUCUUUGACCAAACCAAGCAAGGUCUGUUGUCUAAGAUUUUUAACCAGAAGAAAUAUAUUUCAUUAUUUGAGCUGCAUCAGAGAGCUGUGAAUGAGGCAUUACAGAGUAAGAAUGGACAUCUGGAUCUUUUUUUGCGUUUCUUUCUGGGUCUCUCAGUGGAGUCCAAUCAGACUCUCUUACGAAAACUACUGAUACAAACAGGAAGCUGCUCCUACAACAAAAUGGAAACAGUUCAGUACAUCAAACAAAAGAUCAGGAAGAAUCACUCUUCAGAGAAAUCCAUCAAUCUGUUUCACUGUCUGAAUGAACUGGAUGAUGAUUCACUGAUGCAGGAGAUCCAACAUUAUCUGAAAUCUGGAGAAAUAAGAGAAACCAAACUCUCCUCUUCACAGUGGUCAGCUCUGGUUUAUGUGUUGCUGACAUCAGGGCAGAAGAUGGAUGUUUUUGAUCUAAAACACUUUAUUGGAAAACAACAUACAACAGAUGAAGUUCUUCAGUAUUUGUUACCUGUGGUUAAAGAAUCCAGAUCAGUUCAGUAAGUAACACUGAAAAAAAAAAAUCACUCCAUUUUAAAAA